AUGGCUGCACUUUUCAGGCUGCAGAAGCGUUUUGAGAAUCAUCUGGAAACAAAUCAUCUGGAAACAGACACGUCUGACGCAUGUAAAACCAGCGCACCUGUCGACCCACCCUCCUAUGAGACUGAAACACAUUCUACUUCUGACGAGUCCAAUUUGGAUUCACCACCAGGCCCUGAUAUGAUCUGGAUUGAAGACAUCUGGGUCUGUUCUGGUAAGUCUCCUUAUCUUGCAGAUGCCGAAGAAGUGUUGCGAAGAGGAAGACCAUAUCUUGCUAUGGAACUCGCCUGGCGAGUCAUCAACAGCAAUCCGUUCCUAUGCGAGAUAGACGAGAUGCGCUGUCGGCUCUUUGUUGCCGCAGUUCAACAUGAGAUUGGUCUGUAUGAUGAUGCUCUUGGGAGCUUGGAUAUUGUGGAGAAGCUCAAUGAGUCUUAUAUUGCCUUCAACAACACAGAGUCUCCGAUUGUUGCUGGCGUGACUACCUUCAUCAGAGCGCAAAUCUCGAUGAACCUCGAGGAUUUCACUGAGGCUUAUUGGUUAUUUGAGCAGGUUUUGGACAUGCCUGGAUAUGGUGAAAAGGCCCAUGUGUAUCAAAAGGCUAUGGCUGGUCUGCCACACCUAAAUGUUGCUAAAUUUGGCUCUUCUCCCUGGCGUCUACUCAAGCUCUGCUGGAAUGGAAGCAAGAAGAAUAGAAUAGAACAUGGAAAACAAAGUAUUUGA